GGGAGAUGUAGUUUUCCCUACGGGAUUGUGGGAGUCGUGGUUUGUCAGCACCGGGACAGGAGGCCCAGCCGCCUUGAGUUAUCAGAGCUUCCAGCUGCCUCUCAUGCCGGCGUCUACGAGGUGCGUUGGUCAGGAGUGAACUCACAGCUGGCCCGCCAUGAACUGGAAGGUUCUUGAACACGUGCCCCUGCUGCUGUAUAUCUUGGCAGCAAAGACCCUGAUCCUCUGCCUGGCCUUUGCGGGAGUGAAAAUGUACCAAAGGAAAAGCCUGGAAGCGAAACUGCAAGCCGAGGAGAAGAAGAAGCGGUCGGAGAAGAAAGAGAACUGAGGAGAUAGCAGAGAUUUUUCUAUUUAAAUGUCAGCUUGAGUGGACUCCAGCAGAGAAGAGAGAAGAAAGACUAGUGAUCUAGGGAUUACCGGAUGUCAGAGGACACGCUUCCAGCCUAGACCUUUAACUUAAUGAUUAACAGUGUGAAUUUUGUAUGUUUAUAGAAGAACCAGUAUUUUGUUACUGAAAUAAAGU